UUAUUUUUCCAUCACUAGUAAGAAGACACGGACGCGGCGGCAUAUUUAUAUUUUUUUAUUUAAUUCCACACUAAAAGGACACAGGAACCCUGCCACAACAUGGAUCAAAUGCUCAGUCCGAACUUUUCAAUACCUAGUAUUGGAACGCCGAUGCAUCACCAAAUGGAGGCGGAUCAACAGAUUGUUGCAAAUCCAGUGUACCAUCCGCCUCCAGCAGCAGUUCCUCCAUUGCAUACAGAACCAUCAGUCACAACAUCAGCACAACAACAGUCACAUCAAGCGGAUGGCAAUUCCGUCGGCGCCAGCGGCAGCGGAGGGGGUGGCUCACUAUUUGGGCAUGAGCCUACCUUGCCGUUGGCCCACAAACAAAUGCAAAGCUACUCAUCAUCAUAUCAGCAGCAGCAACAACAACAGCAGCCUGGUGGUGGUGGAUCGACCCCGCAGUCCCUUAUGCAGCCCCAGACGCCACAGAGCAUGAUGUCGCAUAUGAUGCCAAUGAGUGAACGCUCUGUGACAGGCGCUGGCAAUGCUAGCGAUAGCCUAAGUAAUAUACAUCAGACAAUGGGACCAUCAACGCCCAUGACGCCGGCCACACCGGGUUCUGCUGAUCCCGGAAUCGUCCCACAGUUACAAAACAUUGUCUCGACAGUGAAUUUGUGCUGUAAACUGGAUUUAAAAAAGAUUGCUCUACAUGCCCGUAAUGCUGAGUACAAUCCCAAACGUUUUGCUGCCGUCAUUAUGCGAAUUCGUGAGCCUAGAACUACGGCAUUGAUUUUUAGUUCCGGCAAAAUGGUGUGCACAGGAGCUAAAAGUGAGGAUGAUUCGAGAUUGGCGGCUAGAAAAUAUGCAAGAAUUAUACAGAAACUGGGAUUCCCUGCCAAAUUUAUGGAUUUCAAGAUACAGAACAUGGUCGGCUCCUGUGAUGUUAAGUUCCCUAUACGAUUGGAGGGUCUGGUUCUCACCCAUUGCAAUUUCAGUAGUUACGAGCCAGAGUUAUUUCCAGGUCUCAUCUAUCGAAUGGUGCGACCUCGUAUUGUGCUCUUAAUCUUCGUCUCAGGGAAAGUUGUGCUGACUGGAGCAAAAGUUCGGCAAGAGAUUUAUGAUGCCUUCGACAAGAUAUUUCCGAUAUUGAAAAAGUUCAAAAAGCAGUCAUAAUAGGUUUAAGUAAUUUUUCAGUGUGUAAGUCAUAUAUAAAUAUAAAAAUAUAAAAAACAAAACGCGGAAUAAAACUAUUUGUAGUUAGUUGUAUUUUUGUAAUUAUUCGUAUAAAAUGUAGUCCAACCUAAGCACAAAUACAUCCUCCUGCUCACAGGCAUUGAGCCAUCAGAGCGCCAACAUUAUCAAAUUCAA